AUGGAUGAGCAUACGAAAUUACAAUAUCAUCUAAAUAUUCUCAAUGACAUUGUUUAUGAAUUAAAAAUUAUUAUAGUCGAGAUUGAUGAAGAAGAUAAAGCUUUGAGACUCAUAUGGCAUUUUCCAUAUUUGUAUGAGCAUAUUAAGCCUGCUUUGAUAUAUGGAAAGGAAAUUUUGAAUUUUGAAGAAGUUGCUAGUAAAAUUAUUUUUGAAGAACGAAGAUUGAAAGGUAAGGAUAAUACUUCAUCAAACUCAGUGUUGGUUGCUAGAGGAAGGCCUUAUGUGAAGAAAAAUAAUGAGCCGGGUGUGGGAUAUUGGAAAUGUGGAAAAUUGGACAUAUAA